AAAGAAUUAAUACACAUGAUAUAUAUUAUAUCUUUACAAAGUAACCCUAUAUCUCCCAACCGCACAAACAAAACUUUUAGCUUCCCCGCAUCGACCAAAUAAAGAUCAAGAAUCAAGAAAAAUCCGUGCAAGAACCCAAUCCAUAUACAAUAUCGACCGAUCUGUUUAAAAAUGGAUAUGAUUCCACAACCGAUGGAAGGCUCUUCAGCUUACGUAGGUACCACAAACCUCAGCAUCAACGCAAACACCUCGUCCUCCCCCGGAGCCAUAGCAGCACAGCCACCUUCUUCCUCCUCUCCAUCGGUGAACUCAAGCCGUUACGAGAACCAGAAGAGAAGAGACUGGAACACGUUCGGACAAUACUUAAGGAACCACCGUCCACCGCUUUCGCUUUCUCGGUGCAGCGGAGCUCACGUGCUAGAGUUUCUCCGUUACUUGGAUCAGUUCGGUAAGACAAAAGUCCACACGCCAGUUUGUCACUUCUACGGCCAUCCUAAUCCUCCGGCACCGUGUCCUUGUCCUCUCCGACAAGCUUGGGGAAGUCUCGACGCUCUCAUCGGUCGUCUUCGAGCUGCUUUUGAAGAGAACGGAGGCAAACCUGAGACUAAUCCAUUUGGAGCACGUGCCGUUAGACUUUAUCUUAGGGAAGUUAGAGAUUCGCAGAGCAAAGCUAGAGGUAUUAGCUACGAGAAAAAGAAGCGAAAGCGUCCUCUUCCUCCGUUGUUGUCGACUUCUUCUUCUUCCUCCGCCUUAGCUAGCCACCAGCAGUUUCAAAUGUUGCCUGGUCCGGGUACUAGUUCUACUACCCAAAUAUCAAAGUUUGAGAAGUGACUACAUAUAGCUAAGUAUUUUAUGUAUUAUGAAAUGUGAAUUGCUCUUUUUCUUAUAUGUUGGUUUUAAUUUAGGUUAAUGUGUUUAGUUUUUAGCAUCUGGGUCGAAGAAGAACCAAGGUUCUUUUGUCACUAGUGUUUGUUGGAGGGUGGGUAGGGUUUCAGUUUUUAUUUAUUUAAUAAAAGAAAAUUGUACAAAAAUAUAUAGUCAUAUAAAUGUGUCUGCGUAUCUAUUAAUAUCAAUUGAAUUGGUCGUCUU